GAUCUCGAGCACCAAUCCAUCAAUCUACCGGACGCGACGGAGGGCGACGAUCUCUCCCGAAUCGGAGACGAAAGUACGGACACGCCGCUUCGACGCCAUUUACCUCCCUCCCUCCGGCCGUCCCACCCACAUUCAAUGCCGCCACACCACGGUCGCAGUCAAUGCACCGCCCCGCCCCGCGUCGCGUCGCACACCCUGUCCCCAGCCAGCUCCCACACGUCCGUCCGCUGCUCCAGCCCCGCGCCACCCUCCCUCGCCACCGCAACACCUCCACUCCCAAGUGACCCAACCCCCAAACGCCCAGCGGUUCUGCGCCGUGCAAGCAUCCAAUCAAUCAGCCACCACGCGCAGCCGCGGCGGCCACGAGGGACCAAAGCUCCCACCCAGCAGCCCAACUCCACGGUCCAUGCUCACUCGCUGCGCCCCUACAAGAGGAGGAAGCGGGCAAGCGCCACGGGUAGCUACCUGCCGCGUUCCGGAGCCACGCCAAGCAAGAAGCCAAGCCGAACCGCCCUUCUUCUUUCUUGUUUGCUCCGCGCGCGAAUUCCCCGGGUCCAGGCCAUGGGGAAAGGAGGGCUACUAGCGGAAGCGAGGGCGAAAAGGAGGAGUGGCGCGGCGUGGCGCGUCUGCGCGGUCCUCGCGGCUCUGCCGCUUCUCACGGCGGCGGCUGCGGAGGCCCCGGGGAGGUACCGCGCGGUGUUCAAUUUCGGGGACUCGCUGGUGGACGCUGGCAACCUGGUCACGGAGGGCAUCCCGGACUACCUCGCUACCGCGCGGCUGCCCUACGGCCAGACCUAUUUCGGGUACCCCACCGGCCGAUGCUCCGACGGCCGCCUUGUCGUCGAUUUCAUUGCACAAGAGUUCGGCCUGCCGCUGCCGCCGCCAUCCAAGGCCAAGAACGCCAGCUUCGCGCAGGGCGCAAACUUCGCCAUCACUGGCGCCACCGCACUCGACACCGAGUUCUUCGAGAAGCGGGGGCUCGGCAAGACCGUCUGGAACUCCGGCUCCCUCUUCACCCAAAUCCAGUGGCUCCGCGACCUCAAGCCCUCACUCUGCAACUCCGCCCAAGAUUGCAAGGACUUCUUUGCCAAGUGCCUGUUUAUUGUUGGUGAAUUUGGCGGAAAUGACUACAACGCUCCGCUGUUCGCUGGCAAGGACCUCAAUGAGGCCUACAAGCUGAUGCCUCAUGUAAUUCAGGGCAUCUCCGAUGGUGUUGAGCAACUGAUAGCCGAGGGGGCAAAGGAUUUGAUUGUGCCUGGAAUUAUGCCGUCCGGGUGCUUUCCGGUGUACUUGACCAUGUACACCGACCCGAAGGAGGGGCAUGGCUCACGCACCGGCUGCCUCAAACGAUUCAACACGUUCUCGUGGGUGCACAAUGCGAUGCUCAAGCGCGCGUUGGAGAAGCUCCGUGCGAAGCACCCUGGUGUGAGGAUCAUGUAUGGCGAUUACUUCACACCAGUUAUCCAGUUCAUACUUCACCCCGAGAAGUUUGGGUUUUACAAACAACUACCUAGAGCAUGCUGUGGUGCUCCAGGUAUGGGCCCUUACAACUUCAAUAUAACAGCGAAAUGCGGUGAGCCUGGUGCCAUGACAUGUGCUGAUCCUAAGACACACUGGAGCUGGGAUGGCAUUCACUUGACGGAGGCUGCAUAUGGACACAUUGCCAGAGGUUGGCUGCAUGGACCGUUCGGAGACCAACCUAUCGUACAGUCAUCUUGAGCAAACAGCCGCUUCUGUUUUACCUCUAGGGUGUAUCAAUAUAGCACGCCAGAAUGGAGCUGAUAAAGUAGUUCCAUUUAGUUGCACAUGUAUAUGUGCUUCCACCAUUGCAGUCAGGUAAAGAGCUUAGAUAGGGCCUAUUAAAGCAUGAUUUCUUCAUUCGUCAGGUGGUAUAAGUAUAGAUCGAGUGUAAUGCACAAAGCAAUUAAAUAUGAUACAGAUUGCCUUC